AUAUCUGACACUUGGUAGCGUCUAUUUUUUUCAAUGUUUUGAUUUUCAAAUAGUGCCCCUGUUUUUAUCAAAUAAUUUCUUCUGGAACCGGAUUCUGGCGUAUAUUAUUAAAUUAGUAAUUAAAAUAUUUAUUUCCCUACGCAUUCUGGUACCUAAGAGGCAUUGUUAAUGUUUAGUUAUGGAGAGACAAGUCCAAAACACACUAACCCAUUCUGCACCUAACCCCUUUCCUAAAAAACACAAAAAACAUAAAAAGGAAAGGGAGGAGAAGGACGAUAAACCUCAACUGAAGCUCAUAUUAAAGGCAAUGUCUGAAAAGUAUGCAUGUGUUGGUUCAAACAAUCCUACCCCAGAACAUGAUGAAGAACUAGGACAACAAAUUAUGAUGGCUGAAGGGGAUGAACAUACUAUAAUUUUAGAUCCAAGUGAUCCUGCAUAUGCUUUGCAUAGGGCUCACCAUAAAAAGUCCAAAAAGAAGAAGAAAAAGAAGGAUAAGAACAAAGACAGGGAUCGUGACAGAGAAAGGCGACACAAGCACCACCAUAAAGACAAAAAACGGAAGAGGGAUGAAAUGGAAGAUGAGGGUAAUGCACCUGAUUUGGAGACAUCUUCAGGAGGAUUUCCUCUUCUAGGCUCACCCAGUAAUGCAAGAGAACCUCGAACAUGUGUGAUCAAAAAAAUUCAAGAGAAAGCACCAUUAGCCAAGGCUCUAGAUCAACUUUUGACUUUGCUUGAGAAAAAAGAUCCACAGAAUUUUUUUGCUUGGCCAGUCACAGAUGCUUUUGCCCCAGGAUAUUCAAAAAUUAUUAGUAAACCUAUGGAUUUUAGUACUAUGAGACAAAAGAUUGAGGAGAACCAGUACAAUCACUUGAAGGAAUUUACAGAAGAUUUUCACCUUAUGUGCGAUAACGCGAUGAAAUACAACCACACUGACACAGUUUACUAUAAAGCCAGCAAAAAGCUACUUCUUGCGGGCCAAAAAAUUUUACAGCCUGAAAAAUUAGGUUGGCUACUCCAGGUCUCCCCAGAACUCACAGAAGCCGAAUUAGGAUUUGAAGUGACCGCGGAGAUGAGAGCUUCGGCGGGCAGACCUGAAGAUACUGACGGAUGUGUAAAAGUCGAGGCGAAAGAGCCACCGACUUCUGAAGAGGUAGUUUUUAACAAAAAAAUAUUUGGUGGGUUUCUAAGAUAUUCGUUUCAGAUUUUGGCUCAAGCAAAAGCAGCCGCCCGUCACGCCAGAGCUCGCCUAAAGGGUUACGGUCCCUCUAUGGGUUAUUUGAGACCGCGCAGAGACGGAUCUGCCCAAUUGUCCAUUUUGGUCGGCAACAAUUUGGGAAAGAAGAAAGGAGUUGCUCCACUUGGGUCUAUUGUAGGACGUUUGUCGGAUGGGACGGCACAUUUACAGGGCUUCCGAGAAGAUAAAAGGAACGCAAUAAGAUCAGUAAAACCAUUAUAUUAUGGUGCUUUUGGUUCAUAUGCUCCCAGUUAUGACUCUGCGUUCUCAAACCUGACAAAAGAGGAAUCCGCGUUGAUUUUAAGGACUUACGGCAGCGACCAGGGCGUUCAAUAUGCUGAAUCGAUACAAGAUUUUGUUAAAGGUUGUGAUUAUGCGGAGCGACUAGUUGAUUCUUUGCUCGAUCUGCUCACUGGAGGUGACCAUUCUAAAACUAAAACUACUUUGGACGAUAAUAAAAAACUGAAAGAUGAAGAGGAAGCUGUUAGGACUGUCUUGGAAACCCCCAAGGUGGAUAAAGUUAAAGUUAACGUGGACGACCUUAAGUCUCUUAAAGAUAUUGGAAUUGAUGUGAAUUUCUUGGAGGGAAUGGAGGAGGAUCUUAAAAAAGCCGAAGAUCAACAGGAGAUGCAGAAGAAACUUAACGACAUGUGUCAGUUGCUGGAGAAAUUGCAGAAAACUCAAUAUGAACGUCUUUCUCAACCACCACCCAUAAACCUACACAACAUCCCUGGUCCGACCAAAGAAGAACAUCACAUUGCCAAUGAAUGUGUCGAAGGAUUAGCAGAAAUUACUAAAAAAGUUACACCAGCGGCGGUAGCUCCUGUUCCUGCUAUAAGAAGGGCUUUGGGAGUACCGGUGGUGCCGGUUCCUGACCCUGAGCCGGAUUUGGAGAUGGAACUUAGGCAGUUUUUAGAGCAGGCCCAGCAACCAGCUCAUAUGGAAACAGAUAAUGCUAUCGAAGAGAUAUUGAUGGAAUAAUAGUAUUUUUGAAUUUUAAAACCUGAAAAUAUUAAUUUAUUGUUUUAAGAAGCUGCUUACAGUAGUACAGUGUCUUCACUGAAUUUUAACUAAUAGUGAUUGUAUUUGUCAUUAUAUUUAUAAGGAAAAAAAAUUGUGUGGAACAAAAAAGUAUUAAUAAAAAAAAUAUGGAUGUUAAAUUGUA